AUUUUUCUGUCAAUCAAGGUAAUGGAGCAGUUAUAAGAACACUCCAUCUCUUGCUUCCUCAUUGGAAAAGCGGCUGCAGGAGGAAAAGAAGGCCGAUGUUGUUUGUUUCUUCUAUCGUAGAGAUUCUAUUCCCAUUUAUCAUGGGGGAUCAUUUUGUGCUGUUGGUGGAUCGGUUGCUCACUGAAUCAAACCUUGAAGCUACUACUGAGAGAUAAAAACAUAAUUUACCAUCCUAUGGCCUCAACAAAUGCAGAUAAUAUGAUAUCUUCCAUAGAUAUAGAUAUUGAAUCCAUAUCACCUUCAAGUAAACUUGUUGAGUGCAGAAUUUGUCAUGAUGAGGACGAUGAAUCAAAUAUGGAAACACCCUGCUCUUGCCGUGGCAGCUUGAAGUAUGCUCAUCGUAUGUGCGUUCAGCGGUGGUGCAACGAGAAAGGCAACACAAUCUGCGAGAUUUGCCACCAGGACUUUAAGCCAGGGUACACAGCACCUCCCCAUGUGUUUUAUAAUGGAGGUAUUAGCUCACUAAUGCAUUUCAGGGGAAGUUGGGAGAUGUCAAGGCUGAACCAGCAUGUCCCUGCAGGAAUGCUCGAUCACGAGUAUCUCGAUUCCGCGUUCGAUGAUUUCAUCAGUCCCUCUCCAUGCAGCGUACUGUGCUGCCGCAUAGUUGCAGUAAUGUUCAUCGUUCUCCUUGUUUUACGCCAUACUCUACCGAUUAUAAUUAGUGGAGCUGGAGAGUAUUCACUGACAUUGUUAAUGUUGCUGAUCUUGAGAAUUGUUGGGAUUCUUCUGCCUAUAUAUGUCAUGGUUAGGGUAUUUACUUCCAUUCGAAGACGGCGUCAUUAUCAGGAUCCCCCUCAUCACCUCGCAACAUCAGAUGACGAAAGUGACUCGACGAGCCAUUCUCAACCACGCUUCAUCGACAUGAGAUAGCAGCAGUUCAUUGUCCUCGUCUUUGAUACGAUAGAAACGAUGUAACAAGAGAGAAAACUGUCAGAUGAAAUGCGUAGAAGGUCAUCGACUCAUCAACACCAUUCAUGGCAAGGAAGUUAAGAGCUGCAUACGGUCCUCGCAGCGAGCAACGAGCCACGACCCAGUUAGCUUCUGCAAUGAAGUGUUCAUCAUUUGUGGUGAAACAGCAGAAACUUGUUUGGUUAGAUUCAAACUCUUUAUGCAAUAGAAUCAAUGGCUCACUUGCUCUCUUAUGUAUAUAAAGUGUGUAAUGGUUAGAAGGGGCUUUGAUCUUUGUAUAUAAUAUGUGUCGCUUCAAAGA